AGCUGUUGAACGUCCGCAAAACCACGAACAACACGUAGAACUCGCCCCUGAUGCCAUGGUCUAGCCGGAGCCUGCCUCAAGCGCCCUAUGCGAGCUAUGCUGGGCAGUCACUUUUGGCAGAGAGGCCGGAAGUGGCAGAUGAGAGCGCCAGUGCAGGUAUGGCCGAUCAGGCGCCGAGGCUGUGGAUGGGGCCGCUGAGGCACUCGGAAGGUAUGUUCAGCACGUUCGUUCACAACAACGAACAUGGGGAUCAACGUGACCGCAAGUGCAAGAUCGUGAGCUAUGACUUCGACGCAGUAUGUCGGUGGGGUGGGCUUCUUGGAUUGUUUACUCGCGCCGGCAUUUGUCGCAUCUCAUGGUCACUGACAACGUGCAUUGGGUUGACGCUGACCCUGGCACUGGCAACCGGUGGGCUUGUAGCUUGGGCCAAUGACGAAUCAAAAAUGGAUACCACUGCGAUGGAAGCUUUACAACAGCGUAUCCUUCUUAUUGUGACAUUCAUUAUGGGCUUCUUCGUGCAGUUGAACCUUUCUAGGUGGUGGAAUCACAGGGAAUUCUUAAGAAGUUUGCAUGGCGCGGUUUUGGAUAUCCUGCUGCUGCUGGCAGCAGCUGGAGCGUCACAGGAGCAGCUUCAGUGUGUGGCACGGCUUGGACUCCUGUCCCAGGCCCUCCUAUUUGAUGAAUGCCGUGGGACUUUCGAGAACCCCGAGGCCAACCAAGGGGCAGGACCCUACUCUGGACUGGUGCGGAUGGGGCUCCUCAAAGAACAAGAGAUUCCAUAUCUUGCUGACAGAGCUCAGAAGGCUCAGACUGUUUGGCUUUGGAUUGGCUUCUAUGUCACAACGUGGCUGGAUGAAAAAAAGGCUUACAAGAUUCAGAAGCGGUGCUGCAAUGGUCGAGCUGCCAUCUCAGCGAUUCGCACACAACUGGGCACGCAACUGCCGUACACCUAUGUCCAAUUGAUCUCGGUCAUGGUGCAGUGCAGCCAUGCCAUCAUGGGUCUUGGGUGUGGCUAUACCGGUGCAGCUGCCUUGGUGUUGGGUCACUAUGCCUUGCUGGUGGCCCAGGUGGCUCAAACGGUCAUCGUCCCUGCCACCUUUCAGUCCCUCUUGGAUGUCUGUGUCUAUAUCAGCGAUCCGUAUGGAAGUGAUGUGAUCGACUUCUCUUUUCUGUCCUACCACUUGGCGCUGGCAAAGGUUUGUGAAUCCUUCAUUUCUCCAAUUCCUCCUGACUUGGCUGCGAAACGAACACCAUCGGAUGCACGAAGCCCUGGCUGAGCUCCCACAAAGAUUGGGAGGCCAAGGUUAGGCCAUGGCUGGAAGCAUAAGAACUCCCAGCCCAAAGAAGGCCAGGAAAACCAAAAACGGACCAUCGAUCAGAC